AUGGCUGCCCCGACUUCUGCCGCCGCUGCUGUGGCGGAGCUAGAAGCCGCCCUCGAACCCAUGCAGAAUUACAAGGCUCCUGGUGUCACCGCCAAUCGCAUUGCUAAUAUCACUACCAUCUGUGUCGACAACAUUCAGAAUGAGUCGGUUCUCAUCCAGAAGCUGUAUACCACGUUCAAGAAGUUUACUGCUCCAUACAAGCUUGGAGUCCUAUACGUGAUAGACUCUGUGAUGCGCAAGUGGCUUGACCAAGCCAGAGUGUCUGGUCAGCCUGUUGAUGGUACUGCGAGAGAUGGAACUUUUGGCGCUGGUUGUCACCGAAUUACCGGUCUCAUGCACACCCUCAUCAGUGACAUGGUGCAGUUGCGCCUCGAAGGCCAAAAGGAGAAACUGCUUAAGCUGCUCGAGAUAUGGCGUAGAGUAGCCACUUUCUCUCCUGACGUCCUCGAUGAUUUUCAGCGGAAGAUUGAAUCUUCGCCUGACCCGAUUCAGUCCUACACGCCUGAGGGUAGUCCCCCACCAGGCUUGGUCGAGGCCAUGGGCUACAGAUCCAAAUCCGCGGUUCCCCCCGCUGCUCAACCUCGACCUGCUGAUGCCAACAGUAUCAUCGCCAAUCUGGCCAAACUUACGCAGUCCGUCCAGAGUCAGCCUCAGACACAGGGCUACGGCCAGCCGCAGAAUAGUCAGAGUCAGAGUAACGGACAUGGCCAGAACUUCACCCAUGGUCACAAUUACAGUCAGGCCCAUGGUAACGUCCAGCCUCCCGCCCCGGCUCAGACUCAGACCCCGGCGGUGCCUCAGAACUUGCAAGACUUGCUGUCUAGACUCCAGAGCUCCACGCCACAGCAGCAGCAGCAGCAGCAGCAGCCGCCGCCGCCGCCUCCAGCUCCUCCCGUCAAUCAGUUCCCUCAGGCUCCGUACUCUGUGCCUCCUUUCCCUGGUGGCCCCCCUAACCCGACGGCUCCGUACGCGUAUACCCAAGGCCAGCCCCAGGCUCCUCCUGUUGGUCUGCCGUUCCCAGGAGCUGGUCCUCAGCCUCCGCAAGGAGUCAACGGUCAGCAAAUGGCUCUCAUGCAGAUGUUUGCCAAUUCGGGAUUCACCGCGGAGCAAAUUGUUGCCGCGCUUGCGGCUGCAAGCAACCAGAACAGCGCUGCUCCUACGGGACCGCCUCUCCCCACGCCCUCGACCACAUCUACUCCACUCCCCAUCGCGGCCCAGAAUUACUACGGCAGCGGUCAGAGAUGGGGCGGUCCUGUUCAGCCCACUGGCACCAGCGAGGGGUCUCGCUACAAUCGCAACCCAGGAGGAGAUGGUAGCAAAUAUCAACAUACUCGGUCGCGGUCCAGAUCGCCUGGCCGCCGUUGGAACUCGGGCGGUUCUUCUCACGACCGCAACAAUGGCUACGACUAUGGACAUCGCUCCCCCGAUCGAGGCCGUCAUGACAGUAGAGACGGUCGCUAUGGUAGCGAGUAUCGUCAGCGUAGCCCUCAUGGAAGCCACAGUGCUUCUCAAGGAGACCGUGGUGACUCGCGCCGUGGCUCGGAUGCCAAGUGGGUUGAGUACGACCGUAAUCUGAAGCCUGGGCACAUCAAGGUUCUGAGCCGCACGCUAUUCGUCGGCGGUGUCAACCAGUCUGAGCACGAGCUCCGUGCCAUCUUUACUCGAUUUGGCCAGGUUCAGUCUUGCAUCGUUAACAAGGACAAGCGACACGCCUUCGUCAAGAUGGUCUCCCGUGAGGAUGCCGUUCGUGCCAAGGAUGGCAUGGAGAUGCGUGCCAAUGGCAACAUGCCGCAGAAUGAUGAUGAGUCGCAGCUGAGAACCCGCUGGGGUGUUGGCUUUGGUCCGCGUGACUGUAGCGACUACCGUACGGGUGUUAGCAUCAUCCCCAUCAGCAAGCUCACCGAGGCUGAUCGCAAGUGGAUGUUGACUGCCGAGUAUGGAGGCAGUGGCGGUAAACCCAUCGAAGAGGGCAUGGUCGUUGAGGAGCCCGAUAUCGAGAUCGGCAACGGUGUUUCCUCCAAGGCCAUCAGCCGCCGCAUGCAGACCGACAAGAGCGGCAACCACGGACCUCGUUCUACUCGUGCUGGCGGACGCGACGACAGCCGCGAGGACCUUGGUCGUUGGCGCCGUGGCCGCGACCGCGACCGUGACCAGCGUCGUGACGACAAGAAGUUCUCUUCGGCCAACUCUCAGCCGCUCCCGCAGCAGUUCCCAUACGGCAUCGGUACCUUGCCCAACGGCAUGCCUGCGUACCCUCCCGGCUUCGCGUUCCCGGCCGCCAAGGACAACUAA